AACCUCCGACCCAUCAAUUCCCAUCCACGUAGGACACGGAGGGAGUGCGUGCGACUGUGGAGUUUAAGAGAGAGGGAGAAAGAAAGGAGGAGAUUUGGAGAGAGAAAAGGAGCUUUUGGGUGGGGAGAGAGAUCGGAAUUUGGUGAAAAUUUUUGAAUCUGGUAAAGCCCUGUCCCGCAUACCCCCUCCAACAAAAGAAAAAAACAAAAAAAAGAGAGGGUAAAGGCCGCUCCUGGGUCGAUGCCGCCUGAUUCUCGGCAAUGUCGCAGUGAGAAUGAACCUGCAGCGUUAGCCACCACUUCUUUUAACGAUUCUCCAUCAUCGUCAUCAUCAUCAUCAUCGUCGUCGUGCAGCGAUCAAGCCCAAGUUCUCACCACCAGUCCAACCCAAACCCAGAAUUUCAUAUCUCCUGUCUCAUAAGCUCGAAUACAGAGGAAUAAAGAGGAAGCGAAUGCGCAGGUAUCUUCUGAACAAAUUGAGUCCUUAUAUGUGAUUCAAUCUUAUGAGGGCAUUUGGAUUUUGAUUUGAUGAUGCUCAUCUCGAUUUUUUAUUGGUACCCAAUUGGAAAUCGCUCUCAAUCUGCGAAUUCUAUGCUAUUUUCUGCUGACGCCAUCUUUUGAUUGGAAAUGAUGAGACUGCGUCUUACAAUUUUCGAUUGAUUCAUAUUCUCCUGUUUGUCAUUGAUAUAACGGUUUAUUUUCUAGAGAUUUUUCCUCCUUGAAUUUGUGUACUACCGUUGCCGCGUUGCUUUUGUUAAUAUUUGCUGAAAGAGCAAAUGAUCCACUAAAAUACAGCUUUCAUUUGUCAAUUUCUCAGACUUUCAGACGACAAGAUUUCGUGGGUCAUCAAGCAUAUGUUUCUUCUGCGUGUCUUGUAGACAUUCAGUAAAACUUUCUGUAUGAAUCAUUGGAUUUGCUUGGGAUUCUGUGUAUGGAAGCAAUUAGCGUUAAGUCCAGUUGUUCUACGUUGUUGAGAGUUGCAGCCGAAAAGAACACCUCUUGUUUACAUUGAUUUGAUAGUGAAACUCGGGGGAAUUUUGUGCAUGAUUUAUUAUGGCAGUCAUAUGACGUGCAAAUGCAUUCUUCUAUUCUUGUUGUCUUCCAACAUAAGCUGAAGAAUUUAAGAAGGAGAGCAAAGUAAGAAAAAAAAGGGCUUUAGUCAAUGUGGACUAAAGAACUAGUAGUGAAUCCAGUGAUUAGUUGAAUGAUAUAAUGAGACUUUCCUGCUCGUUGAUUCUGAAUUCAGAAGCUGAAUCUCAAUGGCCUAGGAAAAUCCCCUUAUGCUGGUAGACAGUAACUGCACCAUGACAAGUGAGAUACCUGGCUACACAGGUCACUGGGUCCAGCAACAAUCAGCUCCUGUUGUUUCAAAUGACAGUGGCUUGAUGGGAAAGAAUGCAUAUAAUAAUGUCAGUGUACAGACUGGUGAAGAGUUCUCUGAGUUUCUUCAGGAUCGCAUUGCUCUAAGAAGAGUUCCUGUUGCACCUAAUAUGGCUCAAAGCUGUGAGAAGAGAGUUGGGUUUAAUUUCAAUCAGAAUUGUGAGCCGCGGCAUGAAGAUCUUACUGGAAUUCUUGGGUCAAGGAUAAUGGACUCUGAAUGUGGUCCUGGUAUCUACGAGUCUGAUUAUGCAAGAGGGCAUGCCAUCGAGGGUGAUAGUGGGGCUUAUAUUGAGAGGGAAAGAAGAUAUUGCAAAGAAGAUUGUGCUGGUGGAGAUGGUUUUAGAAAAGCAGCUGGUGAAACAAAUUUGGAAUGGGUUGGUUUCAAACCAACUGCUCCACCCAUUUAUGUAUCCGAGUCCCCUUCUUCCUAUCACCCUUAUGGGUCAGGAGCUUCAGAUGGUUCACAAUCUGGUAAGUUGAAGUUUCUUUGUAGUUUUGGUGGAAAAUUCUUGCCGAGGCCAGCUGAUGGGAAACUUAGAUAUGUGCGUGGAGAGACACAUAUUAUUUCUGUAAAACAAAAUGUUUCAUGGGAAGAACUUGAGAAAAAAACUUCUGGUAUUUGCUUCCAACCUCACACAAUCAAGUACCAGCUUCCAGGUGAGGAUCUUGAUGCCCUUAUAUCUGUGUCUUCUGAUGAGGAUCUUCAGAACAUGAUAGAGGAAUACCAUGGGCUUGAAAGGCUUGGCGGCUCUCAGAGACUUCGUAUUUUUCUGAUUCCACUGUGUGAACCAGAAAGCACAUCUUGCUUUGACACAAGCAGUAUUCAGCAGACUAAUCGUGAUUAUCAAUAUGUUGCUGCUGUGAACAGCUUAAUAGAUCCUAGUCCUCAAAAUAACUGUAGUGGCCAAUGUCCAGCAAGCCCAGCUAAUCAAAUGGGAACUAAUUUGGUUCAGAAUCUAAGCUUUCACAAAAAUCCUCCCACUUUGUUGCAUCCUUUAGAGAAUAAGGGCUGUGUUAAUGUCAUGCAACCUACUCAGUUUUUACAUGAGCCUCAGAAUAUGUUCAGGCCUCCCUAUCAGUCUCCUCCCUUUUCUCCAUUGCCUGGUCAGCAAGGAGAUUCCAAGAAUGUCCACAUACAAUCGCACAAGGAUAACUCUUGUCAGGGAAGCAAUGAAAGCAGCAGCUCUUUUAUAACCCUUCAAGUACAACCUCAACCUCAAACCUCUUUUAUCAAUUCUUCUGUCUAUUAUCAUCCAACACAGAGGGCUGUAAAUGUGAUGAAUUUGCACCACCCUAAUUUGCCAGUUGAUGCCAGUCACUCGCACCGACCCCAUGAAGUGCAUUUCCACAACCGCAGUCCGAGCAGUGAAUAUGUGGCUUCUGUUGUUCUUGAUCAAAAUAAUAAUGAUUUUGAUGGAUACUUAGGUGAGAGGCCUAUCCUUAAGGAACGGACAUUCCACUCUGAAAAGCCGAGCUCACGCCCAGAAGAUCCUAUGAGUCUGUUUUCAGGAUCUAAUGAUCCUGUUGGUUCUUCUCACGGGAUGCCACAUGCAUUUUCUGAUCCACAGCUGCAGCAGCAAGGAGGGAGGUCAAUUUACUGUUCCCAGGAAGGAACAAGUCCAUCUUCCCCUUUAAGUUUUGCAAAUACACAGUUAUCUUCACUUCCAGUAUCUGGUGCCUUGCAAGGAAUAUCAAUGCAGCCAUAUGAGAAUACGGCUCUUCUCAAUCCCCAAGCAGAAAACAAGAUCGAAGAUAUUGGGCCUACAGGCUUUGAGAGCAGAUUAGAUACGCUUGAUUGGUCUCUGUGUUCAGAAUCAUCUAGCAGGAAGGAACCUAUUCAUGGGGUUAACAAUAGUCCUAAUGAGAAAUAUGAAGCGGACACAGGAGAUGUAAAUAAACCCAGUUUAACUAACCAUGAUAACAAUAAUCCUUUGAUUCACAACUUGAUGAAUAGGAUUGAUGCAAAAGACCCAUUUUUGCAUCAGGAUGGCAAUCUUUUUGACAGUAUCUCACCUGCUAUUGCCAUGGAAUGUAAGAUAAAUAUGCCAAACAUCAACUGCAACCCAACAUCUACCCAUGGUGUUAACACUUCUAAUGAAGAUGUACAAGUCUCUAAGGUUCUGGUUCCUACAUUGAGCACCAAUUCAGAACCUUCUGCAGAUACUCAAAACUCCCUCUUGGAUGAAAACCCCACAUGUACCCAUGGUGUUAAUGCUUCUAAAGAAGGGUUACAAGUCUCAAAGGUUCUGACUCCGACAUUGGACAUUAAUUUGGAACCUUUUGCAGAUACCCAAAACUCCCUCUGGGAUGAGACUGCAUCUGAUCAACUUGUCAAGGGCCAAGAAAAUGCCAGAGACCAGUGGCCUUGUUUGACUACUAUGGUCAGUAGUGAACUAGGAAGUAAUGCAUCAUUGACCACCGAAAUUGCAGGCACAUUUCCUAGUCCCAAGCAACAGUCUUGUGGUGACAAUACUCUGACUGAUUUGCUUAGUGUGCAAUCCAGUGUCCUCAUCUCUGAUGAUCCCUCUGGGUUGCAACCUGCUGUAAGUCAGAAAGAUAUGAAUGUCCAACAACCCAUGAUAAUAAGCUCUGGAGAUCCAUCUCCUGCAGUUUUUGAUGAUGCAGAUCUGAGCUCAAACUUGCAGAAGUGUUUAACCCCCCAAUUGUUGGAGAAUCCAGCAAAAGAUACUGCUCAUAGGAGGGAGGUAUCUAUCCUCAAUGCUUACUGUGAAGAUGAACCUGAUCUGGAGAUUGAAUUUGUGGGUCCCAGUGGAUCUGCUUGUGAAAAUUCAAAGCUAGAAGAUAUUUUAUUGGCCCAAACAAAGCCCCUAGAUAGAUGUAGUGAAAAGAGUCAGGUGGAGUCUGUGGUCACUGUGGAAGAUAUGACUGAUAAUAUGGCUCCUGUCAAUAGAUCGUUCACAACAGUUGUCCCACAUGUAGCGAAUGCAAGUGGUGAAAUUCUAUCCCCCAGUCCACCAGAGCCAGAAAGCAUUAUUCCAGAGUUUGAGGAAACUAAAACUGAUGAUAGAGAUAAGGAUGAAUCUAUCAGUGAUGCAAUGAUAGCAGAAAUAGAAGCUGGCAUCUAUGGGUUGCAGAUUAUCAAGAAUGCUGAUCUUGAAGAACUACGAGAGUUGGGAUCUGGUACAUAUGGAACUGUUUAUUAUGGGAAAUGGAGGGGAACAGAUGUUGCUAUUAAGAGAAUAAAAAAGAGUUGCUUUGCAGGGAUAUCAUCAGAGCAAGAACGAUUAACCAAAGACUUCUGGAGAGAGGCACACAUCCUUUCAAAUCUCCAUCAUCCAAAUGUGGUGGCAUUUUAUGGGGUGGUUCCAGAUGGGGCUGGAGGAACAUUGGCGACUGUAACUGAAUUUAUGGUGAACGGGUCCCUUAGGCAUGUCCUGCUCCGGAAGGAUAGAUCACUGGAUCGUCGCAGAAAGCUUAUGAUUGCCAUGGAUGCUGCUUUUGGCAUGGAAUAUUUGCACUCAAAAAAUAUUGUCCAUUUUGAUCUAAAAUGUGACAACUUGCUUGUUAAUUUGCGGGAUCCGCAACGACCCAUAUGCAAGGUUGGAGAUUUUGGAUUAUCAAGAAUUAAACGCAACACUUUGGUCUCUGGUGGUGUUAGAGGAACCCUUCCAUGGAUGGCACCAGAAUUGUUGAAUGGCAGCAGCAGCCGGGUUUCUGAGAAGGUUGAUGUUUUCUCAUUUGGCAUUGCGAUGUGGGAGAUCUUGACUGGGGAGGAGCCCUAUGCUAAUAUGCAUUAUGGUGCAAUAAUAGGAGGGAUAGUGAAGAACACUCUUCGGCCACCUAUUCCAGAGCAUUGUGAUCCUGAUUGGAGGAAGCUUAUGGAACACUGCUGGUCCCCUGAUCCCGAAGCUCGACCUACAUUUACUGAGAUAACCAACAGUUUGCGAUCCAUGUCCAUGGCAAUCCAGGUGAAGGGACUGAAUAAUCAGGCAAGGCAAAUGGUUUAAGCAUCUUUCAUUCAUCAGGAGCCUGAUUUUCUUAGCAUCCUCAAUAGCCUUUGGGGUGGAAGACCUGAGCUUUAAAGGUGAUAGAGAAAGGGAAUCAGUGGCGCAAAGUCAGUGGCACGAUUUUUCUGUGUUUCUUCUCACUUCUUGUCAACAGCAUAAGCUUUUGUUUUUCACUUUUUGUUUCCCUUCUCCUCAUUUUUGUUUAUAGUAUCCAUUCAUUUGUUUAUUCUUUUUGAGAUGGAAACACAUAUAAGUUUAAAGACGGUGCCCCCGAUUUUCUUAUUGGUUUUACUGUAAUGUUUUUGGUGGGAAGACAUGUACAUAUGUAGUACACACGGGAACAGGAAAUCCUGCUUUGGUUUCAUUUGCUUCAAGAUGUAUGUUUUUGUGAUGCGUAGAAUUGCUCAUCUAUUAAAAUUGUUUAACUGGAAA